GAAAAACUACACUGUAAAUAUGAAUCAUGUCAAACAUGCGACAUUACAGGACUAUGACUGCAAUAUGUUUCGUUUGCAACUUACCUAUUUUGAGUCAUCAAGUUGGUUUAGUUUGGAGUGGAGGAAACGGUUGGGAUGAUUUAAUGAGAGAACAAGAAUGUGAAUCGACAAUACGCCAACGAUUAGGAGGAAGGAGAGAUUCUGCAGCUCAAAUUUCCGGUGCUUCACCCCCAUCCACUUCACCACCCCCUAAUCGUAAUAGACGAAGAAGUUCUUUAGCUCAAUUAACUGAUAUUUUAAGAGAGUGGAGUGGAGGCUCGAAAAGAAAUCAGAAGCCACCAUUGAAUCGUCGUGAAACUUUAGCUGACCUAGCAAGAAGUUUACCAUGGCACCGUGUAAGCAAUGAGCAAUAUACUCCUAGCAAUGUUCCUCGAAAGAGGCGUGAAUCAAGUGCAGAUUCUGGGAUUAAAAGCAUGAGAUCAAGAAGAGAUUCACAUACACCCGAUUUUACAAAAGGAUGGAACAAGCGCGACAUCACGAGUGAAAAAGAUGUACCAGAAGUUCCAAUAAUUUCUGCACCAGAAACCUCAGUUCGAAACGGAUCUAGGAGAGGUUCAGGUGAUUCGAGUUACAAAGCAGUAAGACGAGAUUCACUUGUUGUUCCACCUCCAAAGGUAGUGGCUGUGCAGAAAAAACGUAGAGAUUCAUUAGCUGCUCCCGAAAUCCCAAAUUUUAGACAGGAACAAAGACCAUCAACAAGUUCAGCAGAAUCAGGUCCUCUUUUUGCUCCCACUCAAGUCGAUUCAUCAUCACAAUCAAUCCUUAUGCCCACCAUAAUAACUAGCACUGUAAGUCCCACUAGUCCAAAAUAUGAAAUCGUUAAGUCUGGCAGAAGAGACUCUACAACGCAAUGCAGAAUAAAUCGUCGUGAGUCAAGACUCCAACGGCAAGCCACUGCUUACGAUGAAUCGUGUACGCCAUGGUCUCGACGCGGAUCUCAAUCACAACAAACAUCUCUUAGUCCAAGUGGUGAUGCUGUGCCGACUGAAAGUAUUAAUUUAUGUGAAAGACAAGCAAGACGAGAUAGCUUAAGUCCCGAUAUUAACACAUCAAAAAGCAGACGUGAUUCUAGAUCUCAUCUGUCUCCUGACAGAAAUAAUGAACGAGAUAAUAGUCCUAGACGAAGAAGCAAAUUGCGAAGACAAUCAUCCUCAGCACCCAGAACAUCAAGAUCACCUGAUAGUAGCUGUUGUAGUUCAAGAGAUCCAAGUCCAGGAAGGCUGCCAAAUCAACCAAUUGAAUGUACACCCCGACCGCAAGCAAUUAGAAGACAAUCAAGCACAACCGAAGAAAUAUUGAUCGCAAGAGGUUUUAGAAGACAAAGUACGACAGAAGAAAUGAUUCGUUGUCGUAAUUUUCGAAGACAAAGUUCUCAAUCUGAUGACACUUGUCAAAGAUACAGAGGUAGAAGAGAUUCAUGUGCACAAAUUAUUGAUGGUACCAUAGGAACAAUGACUAUUGAAACGACCAGCACAUUUUUUGAUUCCUCUACCCAAACAGAACAAUCCCUUCUCUAUGAUAAUAAUAUGUAUCAUGAGGAAUGCUUGAGAUGCAAUGCUUGUGCUGUCAAUCUCACUGGUGUGAAUCAAAAACGAGCAAGACGAUUCAAAAAUCAAAUUUUAUGUGAUUUACAUUUUGCAGAUGUAGCAUUAAUGGAAUGCUCAGAUUUCAUGCAACAGUUGCGAAGCUUUAAGCCACAAUCACUUGGGUCAAUAGUAGCUCGACGUAAAAGCUCUACAACCUUAAUAUUCCCAUUGCCAUCACAAGGCUGUUCUGAUGAAUUUUGUGAGGAAUAUCCCCAUGCGUUAAUACCAACUCCUGGCUAUUGGAUUGAGUGUUCAAGACAAAAGAUUGCACAAAUUAAUCAACAUGUUUGGGAUGACAGUGAGUCAGAGCAUGAUGAUGAGCAGCGGGCGGGAUGCAGCGUCGAUAUACAUGAUCGCAAUUAUAACGAUUUAUAUGAAGAUGAUGAAGAUUCCGAUACAGUUCCUCGAAAGAAAACCACAAUAGAAGAACAGUGGGAACAACAGCAAAGUUUUGAACUAACAUCAGUUGAGCAGGAAACAUAUGAGAAAUAUUUUUAUGGAUCUGAACAUUGGAACUAUUUUACAAACGAUGAAGAUUUGGGUCCAGUAAUAUUAUCAAUAAAACAGGAAACAUUGAACGGACGUGAUCAAUUUAGAAUAUUAGUCAGAGCCAUUUCUUAUACAGUGCAUGGUUUAAUUCCGGCAUCAAGUGUUUUCGCUAAUAGAUACAAUCGAGAAGAGGUUGUUAGUUCUCUAGGAAAGGAAGUAAACUUAAAUCCACCUUUGACACUUGGUCAACUUCCCGACACACCUGAAGAAUUGUUAAAAUUGGAUCAAGUUUUUAUAAAAUCUGAACUGAAAGUUGGUGUUAUCUAUGUAAAAGAAGGUCAAUUCACAGAAGAACAAAUUUUAGACAAUAAUGAAAAUUCACCAAUGUUUGAAGAAUUUCUGCAACUGUUAGGAGAUAAAGUGAGGUUGCGAGGGUUUGAUAAAUACAAAGGGGGUCUUGAUACUGUCCAUGAUCUAACUGGUCUUUAUUCCGUUUAUACGAAUUGGCGAAAUAUUGAAAUAAUGUUUCAUGUGAGCACACAACUUCCAUAUGAAAAGCACGACCCGCAAAAAUUGCAAAGAAAAAGACAUAUUGGAAAUGAUAUAGUAUGCGUUGUGUUUUUAGAGGCUGAUAAUACAGCAUUUAGUCCAGCAUGUAUUAAAAGUCAUUUCUUACACACGUUCAUUUUGGUGAGAGUGUCCGCAAGAAUUAAGCGUAAGCCUACACGAUACGAAGUUUCUGUAGUAACAAGAGAUGAAGUUGGAGCUUACAAGCCAUAUUUAUGGGAACAAUCUGUAUUUGAAAAGGGAUCGAUGUUUCGCGAAUGGCUUCUUACGAAAAUUGUUAAUGGUGAAAGGGCUUCAUAUUCAGCUCCAAAAUUUGCUCGAAUGCAAGAACGAACAAGAUCACAAAUGCUAGAAGAUAUCGUUGCUAAUUUAGCAAAUCAUGCUGAAACAGGACAAAUACCAAAGCCUUAUAGACGUGGUAGUUGGCGACCAAUAGGACAUAUGAGACCGUCUUCACCAUUAUUGGAUUCUGUUCGUGACCAAUUUGAAGACUAUGAUCAAUUAGCAAAAGAUUUUACACGCGUAUUCUUAAAUACAGAGCCCUCUUGUUUACAAAACGCACAUUUGUUCGAUGUUGUCUUUCUCGUUGGGCAGACAAAGCAGAAAGCACGAUUUAUUGGUGUUAGAGCUAUACUGGGAGUUCGAUCAAGAGUGUUUCAAGAAAUGCUUUAUGGAAUACAAACUGGCUUUGGAGGAUCACCUCAAGUUCCUGUCGCCGAAUUAUUAGCAAGACCAGCACCAACUUUACUGUCACCUCAAAACCAACGCCCAAAAAGUUCAAAUUUUCUUCAAGUUCCUGACAUUGAAUCUCGUCCGAAAUCCGUUCCUUCUUCACCAAUGGUAAAACGCGCCUUCUCACGUUUAGGGAAUAUUACAUCAAGUUGGGGUUCACGAAUUAGGUCAAAGCAACAAUCUCAGCUGAAUGUAGAGGAUAAAAAGAAGUGGGCAUCGUCACAAGAUUGUUCAGAUAAAGACAACAAAGAUCGUUCUUCAAAGGAUAAAUCCGCAGCAGUGCCUCGAUUAUCAGUAUGUGCUGACGCUCAGAAAGUUGACAGAGCGAAACUUGCACAAACGGAAUUUACUAUUAUCGAAUUUGAUCCAGACACAUUUAGAGUACUCUUAGAUUAUUUACAUACGGGAAGCUGUCCUUUAACAUGUCAAACGAUACCUGGACUUAUAUGUGCAGCCGAGCAUUAUGAUUUACCAGAGUUAUUGCAAGCAUGUUUUCACCAUGCAAAACAAUUUCUCAGGAUUGAUAUUAUUUGUUCCAUGUUAAUAUCCUUAGAGAAUUAUUAUUGGAGAUAUACAUCAGCAUCUGAACUUGUUAAUAUGAUUUUAGCUUUUGUAGAAACGAGGGCAUAUGCUUUAUUUCUAACUCCAGAUUUUCUAAACUUAAGUGAAAGUAUGGUGCAAAUGAUAAUGUCUAGAAAUUUAGAGAUACCAGAAGUUCGGAAAUUCGAAGCUAUGUUAUCAUGGGCCAAACAUAAGGUAAAAUCCAAAGUAUCUGCCAAAACAGAUGCCAAAGUAGAAUUUCGAUGUAUUAUGGAACGCUUAGCGCGAGAUUUAAAACUUCAUAGAAUUUCACCUCAAGAAUUAAUAAAAAUAGUCUUACCGUCUAAAGCUAUAAAGAAUGAAAGAAUAUUAGAGACUUUAAUGUAUCAAGCGAACUCAGGCAUGUAUCGUAUACAAGACAGUUAUUUGGAGGCUUGUCAGGAACGUUUACAAAAACAAGACUCAAGAUACAGUGAAUUUGGCGAAUCGUUUGAUUGUGGAUUAUAAAUAUGUUAAUGUCUUAUUUUUUGAUAGAUGAUAACCAUCUUCAGUUUUGCACCUUUCAGUAAUAUUUCAAUUAUUGCAUAUAUUCAUGAUAAAUUUCCUCAUAAUUGAUUACAAGUUAUGUCAUAAUAUUGAAAGGGAUAAGGACGAAAUAAUAACGUCUUAUCAAUCAAAAAAGAGAGCAAACACGAAGCCCGAUAAUAAGACAAACAUCGUAAAGUGUUUUACCUUUAUAAUAAACUAUUUUACAUAUAUAUUAUAUAUGUUUAUAUGUUACCUAUUUAUUAACAAAUUUGUCUCAUUCCAAUCUUAGUCGAAUUAAAGUGUAAAGUAAAUUAUUAUCAAUUGUUCAGUUUAAAUACGUUAAAUAUCCUUACAUUUCAUCUGAUUUUAAAGUAAUACACGAUUUUUAGUCUUCAACAUUAUGAAUAAAGGCUGCAUCAUUAAGCCUUAACGGGUAUAUUCAUGUGGCUAAAUAGUAGAUCGAUCUAGUAUAAAGUCCCACUCACCGAAAUCAUUUCAUCGUUUUUCCAAAAUUGUUUCUCAAAGAGUGAUUCCAAAAGUAUUGAUAUUGAAAGGAAAAUAAUCGAAACAUAAAUGCACGUUUUGCUAGCUGAAUAUGUGCGAAUUUAUAAUAACGGAAAUAUAAAUAGAAAAUAUAAUAGUAAUUAUAUACUAAAGUCGACUGAGAAUAACUAGAAACAAAUAUGUGUAUAAUGUUGAAUCUUUUUCUAAAUGAUCCGAAAUCUACAUUAGUUUUUAAACAAACAAAAAAAAAAAAAGAUUAGAAGAAAAUGAUGAAAAAAUAUAACUGGCUGUUUCAGUAAUAAAAAAAAAUUAUUAAACAUAUAUAUUAUAUACAAAUGUUUAUCUCUGAAUAAUCAUAUUUUUUAAUUGAAUGAUCAAUGGAAAAUAAUUUUUAUAUAUUUUCUUCGAUCACGUGGAUUACCUAGAAAUUUUAAAUAAAUAUAUUAAGGAAAUAAAAAAGAUUGAAUGAUAGCGAAUGUAAAC